CUGACAUCACGGCAGUGUCGGAGCAGCUGGGGGCCAGCAGCCCCACCGCCACGGCCACUGCGCACCCGCUGCUGCAGCCCCGGCCAGGAUGGCUCCUUGGAUCUAACCAGGGAGGCCAGAGCUGUGCUGGAGGUCCCUGUCCAAGUGAUGGUGGGACCAGGAUAGAGGAGCUGCUUGCAAGGAUGUCUGAAACCAAGACCCUGAGCUCUUCUUGCCUCGUGUUUUCCUUGUUCUCCUUGCACUGGGCUUUACUCCAGCUGGGCCAGGCUUUUCCCAGCACCUCUGACUAUCUCCAGCGGGGCUGGCAGCGGCUGCUGGAGGAAGGUGAGGGCUGUGCUGAGUGCCGGCCAGAGGAGUGCCCGGUGCCACGGGGAUGCCUGGCUGGCACUGUGCGAGAUGCCUGUGACUGCUGCUGGGAGUGCGCCAACCUGGAGGGACAGAUCUGUGACCUGGACAACACCAACCACUUCUACGGCAAGUGUGGGGAGCACCUGGAGUGCCAGCUGGAUUCCGGGGACCUGCAGCACGGAGAGGUGCCCGAGCCACAGUGUGCCUGCCUCUCCCACCUGGCCCUUUGCGGCUCCGACGGCAAAACCUACCCCCAGAUCUGCAGGUUCCUGGAAGUCGCCCAUGCCCACCCUGAUGCCAACCUCACCGUGGUCCAUGAGGGCCCCUGCGAGUCAGAGCCCCAGAUCACCUCUCCUCCCUACGACACAUGGAACAUCACUGGGCAGGAUGUCAUCUUUGGCUGUGAGGUCUUUGCCUACCCCAUGGCAUCCAUCGAGUGGAGAAAGGAUGGCACAGAGAUGCUGCUGCCUGGAGAUGACCCCCACAUCUCUGUUCAGUUCAGAGGUGGCCCCCAGAAGUACGAAGUGACUGGCUGGCUCCAGAUCCAGGGUGUGCGGGUGACAGAUGAAGGCACCUAUCGCUGCUUUGCCAGGAACAGGGUUGGGGAGGUGAUGGCAUUAGCCAGCCUGACCGUCUUCACACCAGACCAGCUCAACCUGACAGGCUUUUCCUUGCCGAAGCCCCACGCAACACCCGAGGACUACGGGGAGAGUGAGGAGGACUAUUACUAGUCCAGAGAUGGGAUGUCCGGCUGCAGAGAUCACCUUGCCCAUGGUGCCUGUUCCUGGGGCUCGGGGACAUCUCCAAAACAAGCAUCCCUCAGCCCCAAACUCCUUCUCUGAACAGUCCUGGCACAGCAGUCUCUUUUUUGGGGAUGGGGCAACAGGGUGACAUAUCUGUUUGCUGGGGGUGCUUGGGGAGGGGACACUGUCUGGUUGGUGGCAAAGGGCUGGGACUGGGGGUGGCUCCACCUGGGUCAGGGUGGAUCUGUCCUCUGGCACUGGCACAGACUGGAGAUGUGAUGGCAGGUGGGACACUGCAGGGACAACAAUGCUGUGCGUAACAAGGACUUGGUGCUGGGGUGGAGGCAGCCCCCCCAGGAGAUGGAGAUCAGGGCAAGGACAUCUCUGCCCUGUGUGAAGCAUUUUGGGGAAGCGGGAGCAGAGGGCUGGGACCUGGCUAUGACACCCAGUGAGUCACUGCCAGGGCCAACCUCUGUCCCCGAAGGCAGCAACAGCCAAUCUUCUGCCUAGGACCUACGGAACUUGCUGCCAAAAUAUCCUUCUUUCCUGGUUUGUUUUUGACCAGAAAAGCAGUGAUUUGAGGAAACCAGACACUUGUGGUUUUCAGCGUUAUCUUUGCUCCCAUGGACAACAUUGGCACAACCGCCCCUGCAGUCACAAACACUUUGGCCUACUAAGCAGCUCUUUCCUUUGCCAUUUCAGUUAAAUUUAAGUCAAAUAUACAUGAGGUCAAAGCCAACACAGGCCAGACAACUGUCCUCUAUCCACAAGGGUUGUUCUGGGGAUGAGGGAGGGGGCAAACACUGUGGAUGCUACUUUGUCUGUUGCUGGGGUGCUUGGGUUGGGGAGCCCUCCUGCCCAUCCUGGUGCUUACAGCUGGUCCUGCCCCUCUCACUCCGCAUGGGGAUGGGGGUCCCCAGUAGACCACUCCCUGUGCAGUGGAGAUGCAUCAGUCUGGCUCUUUGCACUCCUUUCAGUUCAGGUCCCAUCCCACCUCUGCCCAUCUUCAUCCCAAGGUCCAGUACACUUUGACACUGGGGUCUCCACCCAGGUCACCAUAGUCCUGUCAGUGUGGAGGGGCAGAGCAGCUCUGUGCCUGGCUGAGGAAGGACAGGGAGGCUCCCAUUUCCACUGGUAAUGCUCCAUUUUUUUUUAAAGACAACCCACUUGUCUCCCAGAGCUGGUGACUUAGAGCAAAUUGGCAUUUUGUGGGAGUGUGGGAGGAAGCCCCCAGCUACUCUGUGCUGCUGUGUGUCUGGAGAAGGCUGGCAGGACCCUUCCCAUGGCCAUCCUGGACUGAGGUCACACUCAAGGGUUGCUUUGCCUUCCCCUCCAAACAGCAGCAUUUAGAGGACUUGAGAUUCAAAACCUCUUUUUGGACCAAAUCACCCCUGGUUACUCAGUCUCAGCUCCAGGUAGAUCCAGAGCUGCAGCAGGGAAGCAAAACCCAAGAGAAAGGAGUUGGCUUGUCCCCAGGCAGGAGCAGAUAGGAUGCGAUGAGGCUGGUGGCUUGGGCAGCUCUCCUUCCCCUAUUUUUUUUCUUUUCUUCCUCUUUUUCUCAAGAGCUGGCUCAGACGAUGCAAUUACAGCAUUGAAACCUGAACAAGCAAAUAAAAGGGAUUUGUCUGGAGUUGGCAGCGGCACAAAAUUCCUGCAGCCAGUGAGGCUGGGCCAACCCUCACCCCUGUGCUGCAGCCUGAUGGGGCACAGCCGGCUGCACCGCUGCCCUGCCUGCCUGCUGGGCUGCCUAUCCUCUCUGGCAGCAAACCCCUUCUUGACUGGGGAAAUGCAAAAGCCUCCUAUAGUUUAUCCUUCCAUUUAACAGCAGAAUAGCAUCCUUCUGGGGCUGCUACCUCAGAGCCAGAGGGUGUUGGGAGAGUGCAUGGAUGGAAAUGUCCCAUUGGCUUUUAUUUUGUUUGUUUUUUUUCGGGUGCAAAACCUGCUUUUGGAGAAGCCAAGGUAUUUUCACCCAUCCUGAUCCCCUUCUCAUUUUGCAAACAAAUGGGCUGGUGGAACUGGGCCAUGCUCAGGCUGAGGCUGCCGCGAAACCUGAGAGCAUCCUGGCGCUUCAGCAGCCGAAAGCCACCGGGGAGGCUCACGGAAGGUGCUCAGGGCUGGCCCCUGGCCAGGGCUUCCAUGCCAACCCUCCCCAGAACCAGGCUCCCCCUGCCCGCCCUGCCUGUGCCGGCAUGAAUCCAGGUCGCACUGGGUAUGGGUGCAAUGCUGGGCUGGAUGAGUAGGAUCCCCAUCCCUGGCUCUCCGUGUACUCUGGGGGUGAUGCCCUGCCCAGGCACAGUGAUCAUCUGUAUUUUGGCCUUAGUCCUUUCCCCCUUCAGCUGUGCACCCAGUCCCUGGUUACCCCCUGGGUACCUGGGAAGGGAUGCUGUUGGCUCCCACUCCUGCUCUGCAGGGAGGGCAGCAGGGACAUUGUGGCUGAGAGAGCAGGGAGCUUGGCCAAAAUUAAUCAAAUUGAGGGCUGCGUCUACCAGUUUCCCUGGAUCCCAGUGUGGGAGAGGGGUGUCUGCAUCACACGCUGGCAGCUCAGCCAGUCUUAGGGCUCCACUUCCCCCUAGAUGAGGGGCAGCAGGGUAGUCCCAAGGGCAUGGAGGGGUCGGUUUCUCCCUUCCUCAGUGUCCUUUCUUGCGAUUUCCAGCCACUUAAAAAUUAAAGGAACCAAUAUCACUGCACGGCUGGAAUCGGUCACUGCCAUGGAUCUUAAUUGAGGUUAUUUGUUUGCUCUAAAAAUGUUUGGUCAGCUCUGCCAAUGGCUGCUGUGAUGCUUCCUGCAGCCCCUGCCCUGAGGAGAGGACCCUGCCCUGAGGAGAGGACCCUCCCCUCUGGCUCUGCCAGUGCAAGAUGCUUUGCUUGGCUCUGGGCACCUGAAGAUUUCUGAAGAACCAACCAAGCGUGGUGUCAGUGUGGAGACAGAGACUGUAUCUCAACAGUGUGCUGUGCCAAAUCCCUUUGGUGGCUAUUUUUUGGGACAGUUGGUUUCUGGGGGCGGUGGGGGUGGAAGGAGGCUGAGCGGCUCCUGCCAACCCAGCUGCCUGCGCUCAGAGCUGCAGCUGAGCCCAGAUGUUGGGCUGACGUCAGGGACAGGGUCAGCUGGACCGGGAAGCGCUAACGUGGCUGCUGGCCCCAGGCACAUGCCAGCCCCACCACCUCCCACUGCCCAGGGUGAGUGAGGUGUGGACACCUCUCCAGGCACUGGAGGUUGCCAGGAGGUUGGGGACAAAGAAAGGGGGGCUUGUUCUGCUGGCACCUGGAAGACACUGAAGACGCAUGCUAACAGAGGCAAACUCGUGCAAUUAAAAGCCCACUGGACGCAAGUUCCUGUGGUGGCACACAAAGGGCUGGCAUUGCCCUGCCACCACUAAGCGUUUCAGCCAGCCCCGUUGUGUCCUUUCAGCUCUGGGUGCUGGGGGCAAAUUCAGGUAAAGCAGCUCCCCAGACACCAAAGCAGCUGCUUCUGCCCCAAACCUGUGGUUCAUGUUGCACCCACCCCCUGCUGCAGGCUGCUGGUGGCACCUUGGCUCUUCCCACACCUCCAUCCUCUGAUGCAGGGACACCAUCCAGGUCCCCAGACCUCUCCAGGGACCACUGUGGGCCAGGAGGCCACCGAGGUGGCCGGUGGCUGACACAGUGCUGACACCAGCGUGUCCUGCUCCCCAGCCUGACAUCCCCGUUGCCUCCCCAUCCUUGACCCCCUGUGCUCCCCAGAGCUCGCCUGGCACCAAGCACCCCAAGCAGCCGCCAAACCACAGGGCUUUGUGGUCUGCAGCGAAACCCCACCAGGUUUGGAAGAUAGCGAUGGUCCACCACCGAAAACAUGCUGUCCUUGUCCCUCUGUGCCCUCUGGGGUGCCGGGACCUGCCCCCCGCGGCCAAGCAGGAUCCGUGCCUCCAUCCCACAGUCCAGAUUUGGGCCACCGGCGCGAUUAGCCGCUAAACAGUGCCAUCUCCUGGCAAAGCCACCGGCCACACCGAGCCCCACCACUGGGCUGGGGGACCAGCUGAGGCAUGCGGGUCUUUGGGCACCCCCGGAGCACCCCGAACCCCAAAGCCAGCCCUCCCUGCUCCGUGCCCUCCCCUUGCCCCUCGCAGCAGCUCUGCCUGGCUGGGGGGGAGAUGCCAAGCCAAGGGACACGAGUGCUGAGCUGUCCUUCAGGAUGCUCAGAGGAGCCAGAGCAUAUUCUUGACACGGGCCUUGAGGGGCUGUAGCGGGAACAGCUGCACUGGGACAGACCUUAGAGAUAUUCAGCUGCUCUCCUGAGGUGUGUGCUUGAAACCAGGGCUGCAAAAAUGUCCAAUAAACCAGGGCUGCAAAAAGGUGCAAACCCCUCGUGACAGCCCAGCUGGUCCCACUACACCACGAUUGUCUCCCAUGGAAGAUCUGUGGCUUCUGGCAGGGGUCUCAACCAGCCUGAGCUGCAUGCUGGUCACACUUGGAUGGAAACUUUCAGCCCUGACCCUUGUAACACGUAAACUGAGGCACAGUGGGGAACCCAACCAGGUCGAGGGAGAUGAGUGGGGUGGAGUGGGAAGCUACACCCAGUGCCCAACCUGUCCCCACUGAAGAAGGGCGGCAUUAUCCCUUGUGCCCUCUGCAUGGCACCUCCUGACCCGCUGCAUUGGUUCAGGGAGAAAAUGAAAAGAGCAAGAGCACUUCCCUGCCUCCACCCAGCACUUACGCCAUCUGAUAAACAAAAUGGAAAUAAAUCCUCCUGCGUUUGCAGCAAAUAGGUCUCCACAGGGGGUUGCUUUCAAUAAUUCAAAUGCCGUUGCAGAGCAGAGCCCACGCCAAUGGGUUUUAAUAAACACAGCCAUAAUGUGACAUGCAAUUUAUUAUUAAGCUUAAAACAGGAAGCAAAGAGUUUAAUAAAAGCACCAGGUUCCCUGUAUCAGUCACAGCAAGCAGGGGGGAUGCUGGCUGCGAGGGGAGGCGGGCUCAGCUGGCUCCAGGGGCACGCAGAGCCAGGUUCACUUUCCUACACACACCCCUGAACUGGGACCGUGGGGACACCGA